AUCGCUUGCAUUCGCUUCGAAGCGCUCGUGCGAAGUAGUUCGUUUGUCGUUUGAGGUGACCUCUCGUAAUAUAUUCAUCGGUUCGCUGUUGUUGUUGUUGAAUCAGGUUUCCGUGACCUGCGAUUGGCGCAAGUUCAAGUUUUCGGUCGUCACCAUGAAUCGAGUGUUGCUGUUCGGAACCGGUGUUUUGCUGUUGUUUGCCAUUGGCGUUAGCCAUGCACGACCACAGGAAGCACCCCUAGCAGAGUAUCCAACGGCGCAAACGGCGGUUCCUGCGGGAAGUGGUUUGAGUACGACUUCAACGACGAGUACGGCUGCACCCGAGGAAAGUAAGGUUUCAAAGUUCUUCGACGAUGUAUCGUCGGUCUUCAAGCAGGGCACGGCCAAAGUGAAGGAAAGUUUUGAAAAUGCUGCUACAUCGGUUAAGGACGGAGUUAUGCGGGGCUAUGACUACGUAAAGGAUAAGUUUAGCGGCAAUGGGGAUGCUGUGACCACGCCGGGAAGUCCUGCUUCGAGUUCUACAACUACAGGAUCGGAUCCAUUGACUUCGACCGGUUCUGAGAAAACAAUCUCUUCGGUCAAAUCAGACGGAAAUAAUGCUGCAGCGCCAACGCCUACGACCAAACCGGUUCGAGUGGAACCGAACGACGAAGAACCAGCUGAUGAUGAUCGAUUGAUCUUCAUUGGAGAUGAAGAUACGGCCACUGAUUUGACUCCGAACACUACACCUAAGACAUCGGCCUCAACCACACCGGCGUCAAACCUCGACGAUCGAUUCAUCCUGGACGGACCGUUGGCGUGUCCCAAGGGUCAGAAAGCAGUCAACGGCGUAUGUCGAAACACGUUCUAAUGAGGCGUAAUCGUAAUGUAUUGCCGGGUCGUAAGAGCGAGAGAGACACCCAGAAAGAAACCUGUUGAAAUUGCAUUCGCGCCUCCUCCAGCUGUAGUCGAUCGUAGACGAUCGGUCACGUCUCUCACGCUCCCGGGAGUCAGUCAUCGUGUCCAGCGAUGAAGUGUGAUUUUUUAAUUUAAAAUUCCAUUGUCGAGCAAUUUUCCUCCGCGGACAAAGUGUAUGUGUAACCUGUGAAAUAAAUUGAAUUUAUUCUAUUAAGCGUA